AGAUAUCAAGAUCAGGGUUCGACAGAAGCAUUGACCAAAUAAGUAACAAGCUAAAAAAGCUCAAAAGGGAAUACCGGGACCAAAAAAAGGUCCUCGGUGAGAGCGGGAGCGGACGCCCUUGGAGCAACGCCAACUUUAAGGUGCUUGAUUCGAUUCUUGGCGACAGAACGUCAUGCCAACUCAACGGGGCCUUUGACUCAAUGGCGGUCCUUGAUUUGAUGGUUGAUGACCCGCUCAACAUCCAGAGCUCUAUGGAUAAUGAGUUUUCUGCAAUUGAGCAUGCAGAGGUCGACGUGAAGCUUGAGCCACCGUCAACCCGCAGCUCACCCUCACCAUCAAGCAUCUCUGCUCAGGACUCAUCAACGCCUCGGCCCAUACAAGUUAAAAGGAAGCGGGACAGCACCACUGAGCGGCUGCAUCUACUGGAGAGGGCGGAUGAGCGGGAAGAGAGACAGAUGCAGCAGAGAGAAGACAUGCAUGCCUUGCUGCUGCAACGGAUGGAGAGGGUGGAUGAGCGGGAGGAGAGACUGAUGCAGCAGAGAGAAGCCAUGCAUACCUUGCUGCUGCAACGGCUGGAGAGGGUGGAUGAGCGGGAGGAGAGACUGAUGCAGCGGGAGGAGAGACUUAUGCAGCAGAGAGAAGGCAUGCAUGCCUUGCUACUGCGACGGAUGGAGAGGAUGGAGGCUGAGUCGCGGGCCUUCCUUGGGCUUAUGGGCCGAAUGGUUGAGGUGAUGAAAGCCCAGGAAAGGCCAACAUGAUUGCUGCAGCCACACAAAUAUUGUAUAUAUGUUUCAUA